CAGUUUGACCUUCAAGUGCUCGCAACCCUCAUCAGUGGACGAUACCCUAGGAGCGUUGCCGAAAUGGUCAGAGGAUUGCCUGCAAAGGUCGUUGUGAGAGGGCUGCCUCCUAAAUUAAGUGCUGAUGAUUUCAUCAGAAUUGUUGACCCGCUACCCUCUCACACCUACUUUAGGUUUUGCGGUGCUGAUGACUCAUUGGGUGGUUUGGGGCUGACGCGGGUUUACAUCACAUUCAACGACAUAGAUUCUCUAUUUGAUUUCAAAGAAAGGUUUGAUGGCUACAUUUUUUUGGAUUGCGAGGGAAAUGAGUCCUCCGCACUUGUAGAGUUUGCCGUUUGCCAGGCAUUGGCGAGUGUUAAAGGGUCUUCAGACGAUAAUAAAGGAGGGAAAGUGGACAAAAAACAGGGUUCCUUGUUGAAAGACUCAGCAUAUUUGAAGUUUAUAAACUCUCAAUCUGCUGAAGUUUGUGCCGAAAUAUCAGAAUCAGAGUCUAAAAAAACUCCUUGGGAAUCCAUUUUAGAUGAUCUUCAAAACAAGGAAACGAACGCUCUUCAGACACAAAUUGUCACACCACUUUUAACCUACUUAAAUAACCGUGGUGGAGAUAUUAGACGUAAAGAUGAAGAAUCACGUCACAGGCAGUUUAGACAAGGUAAUCCAUCUGUCAUCAAGAAAACGCCGAAAGUAGACAAGUCUGUACGAAUUCAUCCAUCAGUUAGGCGACCUCAUGAAUUAAAGCGUAUUUCUUCUGAUCGCAUUUGCGAGGUUUCAAACAAAGAAAACCCUCACCAUAACAGCACGGAAGAUUUAACGAGAGUUGAUCCAAAAAUGCAAAAGAAUAAGAAUUCAGAAAAGUUGAUUACAUUGGAUGCAAAUGAAUUUCCUGCUAUGCAAAGUUCCUGUCAGCGUCCAAACAGGUCUACAAAUCAGUGUUCGAGUUGGCCAUCAUUUUGGGCAUCAAACAUUUCAGACGCAACUUCAGAAAAACAUAGUGCAUCUGCGUCCAGAAAAUCAGCCAUUGUAGCGGAUUCAAAACAAUUUUCGGGGAUUUCGGAUUCUAGUUCAGAAAAUAGGGUUGGAAUAAACCUUUCAGAAUUAGAAGGACACAAAUCAUCAGAAUGUGUGAUAAAACCAACAUCAAAAGAAUCACUUCCAAAAUGUCAAAACGAACAAACUUUGGACAGCCAAAGUGAGCCAAAACAUAACGACCAAAGUUCAACUCAAGGCAACCCUUUUCGAACUAAAAAGGGGAAUUAUUUCUCUGCCCGUCCAUCUGCUUCUGUCAAUCAAACGCGAAAACAUCCAAUAGUACCAGCUGGAGGAAGACGGGAUUCAGAUGCAAAUAUGCAGAAUUAUACUUCAUCCAGUCAGGUUGAUGACCAAGAAAAUGAAUUUAGUCAUGAACGAUACAACAACUUUUCGAAGUCUGGGAUUCGUGGUCGUGAUAACCGACGUGGUACCGUCUCCAAUCAUGAGGUACUUCAUAAUUCGUCUCGCGAUUCCUAUAAGGGAUCUCAACAGAGCUCCAGAGAGACUGUUAACCGUGGUUAUGACUAUCGAGGAGAAGGAGAGUCCGUCAGAAGUGACUAUUAUUCUGACCAACAAAAUUCGAAUGCUCGGUUUUCUGGUGCUUCUCGAAAUUCGUGUUUGUCAAGCAAAGGUCGAGUAAAUUCAGUGAGCACCACCAGUUAUCGCCGUCCUGGUAAUUACGCUUCUCGUGGCCGUGGUUCUGGUUACUAAGUGGUAAUUAUUUUUUGUUUGUACAUAUUAAGUUUUCUUACUAACUGCGUUUCUUAAAACAUUUCAUGAGAGCUCUCACACAUUGGUUUAAGAUAUAGUCAUAAUAAUCACACGCUAACCAAUAAUUGUGACAUGAAAUUUACGACCUCUAUUUGAAUAUCUUUUGUAUAACCAACAUGUUGAUGGUUACCGCCAGCAAAGAUCGAGACAUUGAUGUUUUUCAAUUAUUGAUUUGCGGCGUAUAAAAUUUUGAUGUAACUCAAAGUUUUUUUGAAUAAUCUAACCCCUUGUGUUUGUUCUUCCUUUCAGUAUCUUCACAAAUAAUUUAUUUUAUUGAAAUCUUCUGCAGAUAAAUAUUAAAAACAACCUGUUUUAUUGAUGAAAUUACUUAUAUACCCUUUUUAUCAAAUAAAAUUUUCUUUGUAUUUUGAUCCA